UUUUUUUUUUUACCUUAUCACACUCAUAUCUUUUCAAUGCCUUUACACAUUGCUAUUAGAAUAGUUCUAAUUUGUAUGACUAAUUACACGUCAAACGACCUUUUAGUAACCCUUUUUUUUUAUCAAAAAGAAAUAAUUUUUUAUCCAGAUAAAAAUGCCAGAGUAAAGAAUUAUAACAAAUAUGUAGUUUUAUUGAGGAUGUAGGGUAAGGAGAGAGAGGCUAAUAUAUUAUGAUCAUUUUUGUAUUAGUUUUUUAUUCUUAAAGGAUGAUGUAGAAGUUAUUUUAAAUUAAAAAAAUUAACAUUUAGUUACGGUCUUGUUAGUAAUUUCUUGAAUCAUAUAAAG